GUGGGGGCGGGCGGAAGCGGCGGCCAUGGCGGCGGCGGCGGCGGCAGCGACCGGGCCCGCGGCGCCGCGUACCAAGACCAAGAAGAAGCAGAAGCGGUUCGUGCCGCAGCGGGUGAAGGUGCCGCGGGCCGCCGACCCGCUGCUGGCCGUGCUGGCCUGGGGCGUCAACCACCAGAUCAGCGAGCUGAGCCAGGUCCCGCUGCCCGUCAUGCUGCUGCCCGACGACUUCAAAGCCAGCUCCAAAAUCAAGGUCAACAACCACCUCUUCAACCGGGAGAACCUGCCCAGCCAUUUCAAGUUCAAGGAGUACUGUCCCCAGGUCUUCCGCAACCUCCGUGAGCGCUUCGGCAUCGACGACCAGGACUACCAGGUGUCGCUGACGCGGAGCCCCCCGCACUGGGAGGGCAGUGACCGGCGGUUCCUGCUCUCCUCCGACCGGACGCUGGUGGUGAAGGAGCUGUCGAGCGAGGACGUGGCCGACGUCCACGGUCUCCUGUCCCACUACCACCAGUACGUGGUGCAGUGUCACGGCAGCACGCUGCUGCCUCGCUUCCUGGGGAUGUACCGGGUGAGCGUGGACAGCGAGGAGACCUACCUCCUCGUCAUGAGGAACAUGUUCAGUCACCGCCUCCCCGUCCACAGAAAAUACGACCUGAAGGGCUCCCUCGUGUCCCGAGAGGCCAGCGACAAGGAGAAGGGCAAGGACCUGCCCACCCUGAAGGACAUGGACUUCUUGAACAAGAACGAGAAGGUCUAUGUGGGUGAGGAGGACCAGAAGGACUUCAUGGAGAAGCUCAAGAGGGACGUGGAGUUCCUGGUGCAGCUGAAGAUCAUGGACUACAGCCUGCUGCUGGGCAUCCACGAGGUGGGGCGGGCAGAGCAGGAGGAGGAGGAGGAGGUGGAGGAAGAAGAGGGCGGAGGGGGUGACGAGGGGGGGGCUACAGUCUGGGGGGGCUCCUACGGGACCUCCCCCGAGGGCAUCGGCAGCUACCUCAACUCACACCGCCCCCUCGGCCCCGGCGACUUCGACCCCUACGUCGACGUCUACGCCCUCCGCGGAGCCGAGGCUGCCCCCCGACGGGAGGUGUACUUCAUGGGCCUGAUCGACGUCCUCACCCAGUACGAUGCCCGCAAGAAGGCGGCGCACGCGGCCAAGACCGUCAAGCAUGGGGCAGGAGCGGAGAUCUCCACAGUGCACCCCGAGCAGUACGCCAAGCGCUUCCUCGACUUCAUCACCAACAUUUUCGCCUAGGGGGGGCCCCCCCCGGACCAAGAGCACCCCCCCCCCUCCCCACGGGGUGUGCAGUCCCCCCCCCACUCAGCGUGCACAGCCCCACUCCGGGCCCCCCAGUCACCCCCUCGGGUGUGGGGCCCCCCCACGGCAGCUUCCCCCACCCCAGCAGGCGGGGGCUUUGCUACUUAAGUGCCUUAACUUUAUUUGAGGGGGGGGGGGGGGGGGGGGGUCCAGCCCUGCCCCCCCCUCAAGCAGUUGGGACCCUUCUGCACCCCCCCCCCCCCCCCAAUGCGGGGGGCAGGAAUCAAACACUACUUGCCCCAGGGUGAGGGGGUAUCCCCCCUUAUUCCUCUCUGGGGGGGGCAGCACCCCCUUUUCUGUGGAGGACCUAGGGGUGGGGGUACAGCCCCUGCCCCCCCCCCUUCUAAGCCAGGCUUGGGGGCCAUUCCUUGCCCCCCCCCUCCAUGUGGGACCUGGGGGGGGGGGCAUCAGACACCCCCCCCCUUUACUGCAGCCCUUAAGGGUGACCCCAGUUCCCAUGGGGGGAGGACCCUGGCCUUGUGUGACCCCCCCGGGGGGUGGGCUCUGGGGGGUGAUAUUCCCCCCCUCUCAUACGAGGCGGUCCUUGGGGGUUGUCCCCAGACCCUACCCCCCCCCCCCUUUACCUAUUGGG